AUGACAGGCGAGUCCUCUGCGCACAAGAGUAUCUGCAGCGAGGAGCCUGGGGCUGUGUUUCUUCCGUCCCCACUGCUGCCCACUCCAGAGAUGGCUGCAUUUUGGGUGCUGCUGCAAGCCGGGGGGAGGGCUCGUCCGCGCCUUUUCCUUGACCGGCCGCGCAGCUCGCAGCUGACCAUCAACACGGCCAUCGUCUACGUGCACCGCUUCUACAUGGUGCAGGCCUUCACGCAGUUCCACCGCAACUCUGUGGCACCGGCAGCCUUGUUCUUGGCAGCCAAGGUAGAGGAACAGCCUCGUAAGCUAGAGCACGUUAUCAAGGUGGCACACGCCUGUUUGCACCCCCAGGAUCCUCCCCCAGACACUAGGAGUGAGGCUUACCUGCAACAAGCCCAAGACCUGGUCAUUCUAGAGAGCAUUAUACUGCAGACCCUGGGUUUCGAGAUCACUAUCGAUCACCCCCAUACCCAUGUGGUGAAGUGCACGCAGCUAGUGCGAGCCAGCAAGGAUUUGGCACAAACUUCCUACUUCAUGGCUACUAACAGCCUGCACCUGACCACCUUCAGCCUGCAGUACACCCCUCCCGUUGUGGCCUGCGUCUGUAUCCACCUGGCUUGUAAGUGGUCCAACUGGGAGAUCCCAGUCUCCACGGAUGGGAAGCACUGGUGGGAAUACGUUGAUGGCACUGUAACUCUGGAGCUCUUAGAUGAGCUGACUCAUGAGUUCCUGCAGAUCCUCGAGAAAACUCCGAACCGACUCAAACGCAUCCGGAACUGGCGGGCCUCUCAGGCAGCCAAGAAAUCCAAGCCCGAUGACCAAGGAGAGGAUGACAGCCUCUCGGAGCAGACGAUCCUCAGCAUGAUCUCCAGGAACAACAGCUCGGACAUGAACAUCGCGGGCUUGAUGAGCAUGUCGACUUCCUCCACCGCAGGUGCUGCAUCUUCCCUCUCAGCUGCUGCAGACUCGCCCAGCUCCCAGGGCGGCUUGGAGACAUCGCAGUCAGACCACUGGAUGUCCCAGCACCCGCCGCACAAACUAGAGGCCAGCCAAGGUCACAGGACUAAUGAGGGUGCAGCAGCCGCCGACCACCCUCUGCAGCAGGAUGGUACCACGUACCAGAAGCAGGGCAGCAAGAGCGCACCCUCGGCAAAGGUGUCACUGAAGGAGUACCGGGCCAAGCAUGCCGAGGAGCUGGCCGCACAGAAGCGGCAGCUGGAGAACAUGGAGGCCAAUGUGCGGUCUCAGUAUGCCUAUGCCGCGCAGAACCUGCUGGUGCAGCAGCAGCGGGAGCGGGAGGCACAGCCUGAGGGCACACCCUCCCCCAUCAUCCUAAAGAUCCCUAUCGGUGGCUCAGAGAGCGUGGAGCGCCCUGCUGCCGACAAGGGAGACAAGGCUUCUGCCCUCAAGCUAAGGAUCCCUGUGGCCGGCGGCGCCGGAGACAGGCCGCUGCCCUCCAAGCCUGAGGAGAUUAAAAUGCGGAUUAAGGUGCCGGCCGCCUCAGACAGGCACAGCUCCUCAGACGAGAGCAGCGGGAAGAGCCGUGACCACAAGGAGAAGCACAAGGGCCACUCCUCUAAUCACCACCACCACCAUCACAACCACCAUAUUCACAAACAUUUGCACGUGCAGCCAGCAGCCGGCACCAGCAUUGCCGGGAACAAGCGGCCUGGAGACUUGAAGCACAGUGGCCAGCAGAGUGCCGUGCCUCACAAGGGGUUUGGCUUGUCUGGCUCCGCUCGAAAGAGGCCGCUCCCGGAGGAGGCGUCAACUGUAGUGCACGAGCACCCACCAAAAAUCAGUAAAAGCUCCAAAACUUCUGGCAUGCAGUUCUACCCCCACCUCCCUGGCGCGGCUCAGCUACCUGGGCACAGCUCAGACACCCCUGGCCUUCCCUUGCCCCAGGCUGGCAAAGCCAGGGGUGCCCACAGCAAAACAGACAAAGGUCCUGCCGGGGCCAAUGGCCACAACGCAACCCAGGCCAUUGACUACCAGGAUACAGUCAGCAUGCUGCACUCACUGCUGAGUGCCCAGGGUGUGCAGCCCACCCAGCCCCCUGCUUUCGACUUUGUGCACUCGUACACCGAGUACUUGAAUCCGCGGGCUGCUGGGAGCGCCAGAGCCGCCAACACGGACAAACCCCGACCGCCCCCUCUGCCAUCAGAACCCCCCCCACCCCUGCCGCCACUCCCCAAGUAGAGCCCUUUUUACUACUGAGUUUGUACAGACGAGCCUGCUCGCCCCGGCCUGGACUCAGGCCAGCUCCUGCAGGGGAGGGAAGGGGCUGUUUUAACUUCCACUGCCUCACAAAGACCUGUUAAUUAUCGUUUUUAUUAUUGGGAUUUAGAGCGCAGUCCUCCAAGCUGUGAAAGAAUAAGAAACACCCUUUCUCUGUUCCAUGCUCCUGCCCCCCCCCUUCCCUCCCCCCCAAAUCCCACUGGAAUCGCUGGGGUCUGUCCCCUCUUGGAACAAAGCCCCGACCAGGGUUCGUGUCCCACAGGGGCCGGGGCACAGGGGUAUUUAAAACAUGUCGCAGAAUCUCUUAAAGACUUUUUUAAAAUAA